GGCCUGGGAGCGCGGGGCCGGGGUCGGUGGGCUGUGAGCGGGACGAUGCCGCGGGCGGCGCGGCUCGGCUGUGCCGCGGCGCUGGGGCCGCUGCUGGCGGCCCACGUGGUGGCGGCGAUCGAGCCCAUCAGCGUGGGCAUCGCCCUCGGGGCCGCCACCGCCCUCACCGGCUACCUGUCCUACAGGGACGUGUACUGCCGCUUCGCCGAGUGCUGCCGCGAGGAGCAGCGGCUCAACGCGUCCGCCCUCAAGCUGGAAUUAGAGGAGAAGCUGUUUGGGCAGCAUCUGGCCACAGAGGUGAUUGUCAAGGCGCUGACUGGCUUCAAGAACAAUAAAAACCCCAAGAAACCGCUGACUCUUUCCUUACACGGCUGGGCUGGCACCGGCAAGAAUUAUGUCAGCCAGAUUGUGGCUGAAAAUCUUCACUCAAAAGGCCUGAAGAGUCACUUUGUCCACCUGUUUGUCUCGACGCUGCACUUCCCUCACGAGCAGCACAUAAAACUGUACCAGGACCAGUUACAGGGAUGGAUCCGGGGUAACGUGAGCGCGUGCGCCAGCUCCGUGUUCAUCUUUGACGAGAUGGACAAACUGCACCCUGGGGUCAUUGACGCAAUCAAGCCGUUUCUAGACUACUACGAGCAGGUCGACGGCGUGUCUUACCGGAAGGCCAUUUUUAUCUUUCUCAGACACGGAAUCCCCACCAGUGCCCUCACUCUGUUCUUUGGCGUGUUCAGCAACGCCGGCGGGGACCUCAUAACGAAGACCGCCCUUGACUUCUGGCGGGCGGGAAGGAGGAGGGAGGACAUCCAGCUCAAGGACCUGGAGCCCGUGCUGUCUGUCGGAGUCUUCAACAACAAACACAGUGGCCUGUGGCGCAGCGGACUGAUAGACCGGAACCUCAUUGAUUACUUUGUCCCCUUCCUGCCCCUGGAGUACCGGCACGUGAAGAUGUGCGUCCGCGCAGAGAUGAGGGCCCGCGGGGCCACCGUGGAUGAGCACGUGGUCACCAGUGUGGCAGAUGAAAUGACGUUUUUCCCCAAAGGCGAGAAAAUCUACUCCGACAAGGGCUGCAAGACUGUGCAGUCACGGCUGGAUUUUCACUGACGUCUCAUCCAGGAGGGCUCACAGCCCCCCGGGAGCUCCGCACUUGCCCUUCCAGAAGCACUUUGGAGGCCCCUUUGGGGUUUGCACAUUUGUACCUGUGUAGCCUUUGGGGAUCUAGAAGCUUCUCAGAGGUGAGCUGUGAAAAGAUGCUGCACUUGUCAUUUUGGACCCGACAGCGAUCCAUCUGUCAGCUGCGGCGGAAGGCGACCCUUUAAAAUCCCUCCCCCAACGUGCUGACCUUGACGGAAGUGCCUUGCAAACAGUCGUGAGCAUGAGGACCCCCCACCCCCCGCCCAGCACCCACACCUCAGAAGCUGCUGCUGUAACUCAGGGAGUUCCCGGGCCCGCUCUGCAGUCCGGGGAGCUUUUGGUUUGCACCCGCUCAGAAUCUUCUGGUCGGUUCCUUUGCACAGAGAGCGCUUACUGGCUUGAAGUUUUUGCAGUUAAAAUCGAUGACACCUUCAGGCACGGUGUCCGGCGACGGCGUGGGCCCGCACGCCGAGCCUGUGCAGCCAGGUGGCCUGUCUGCCUGUGGUGCGGGGUCUCCGCCCUGGGACUCUGCGGCCGCCUGUGACAAGUGGCCUCCCCGUGUCCCUUUCUCGGCCGCCGUGGAAUCCAUCCCUUUGCCGUCAUUCAGGGUCGAGCCCAGCCUUCCUUGUGCCCACUUCGGCUCCUGAACCAGAUUUGUCCCCAGCCACAUGUCCUCACCGGAGUGAGAUCAGAGCGAGUGCCGGCUGUGACCUUGAGCCCUUGGUUCCCGUGGCGAAAUGUUCAUCUGCUACCGGGCACGUGGGGGCCCGCCUCUCCCUUGACUACGGACAACCAUUUGGGAUCCGAAGGGCGGGCUCGGGCUCCGUGGACGACACGGGCCAUGGAACGGCCAGCUCGCAGAUUCUGCCAAAGAAGCGCUAAGUAUCGUCUGCCAGAAAUGCUGGAGUUUUCAAAGAGGUGUCUCUCUUUUAUAAUGUUUUUACCUGCGAGUCUUAGGUAAUAGAUAAAUACAUAUGGGACGUAGCUCAUUUUAAAACACGGGAAAGGACACAAACAGAGUAACUGUCUAGUCCUUUAUCAGAAACACUUAACCAAAACACUAGGCAUUUCUGUUGUCAGGUGCGUGGUCACACGCAGCCACAGUUGCAGAUCCGAGCCCUGUGGACUGGCGGGUCCUGGGGGUCAGCUGACGACACCUGUGUGGCAGCAGCAGGCCAGGCCGCCCUGGCCGCGGGGCAGUGAGGCGGAUUCCGGCCGGCAGGAAUCGGUGUGCGGUCCCAUCUGCGUACGCGGCCGCAGACGUGCGAGAACGAUGGGCAGCGUGUUGAUAUGUAUCGUGUCGACGAGCGUCUUGGUGACUCGAGAGGGCCUUCUGUGGGGUCGCAGGUAGCCUUGGAAAAAUGCCAAGUUAAGGCUUAACGUUUUAGUGCGUGCUCUUGCAUUGGGGCCGAGCGACCUCUCUCUCAGGGCCCCAUGGGCGUCUGGUCCGGCGGAGACGGAGAGCUUCCCUGUUUCCAGUGACGCCGCACCCUUGGCACGUGGGGCCCCCUCUGGACUGCUGUUCCUGCUUUGUCACCCGCAGAGGGAGGCCACGGUCAACCCCGGCCCAGCCUCCCUUACCCGGUGUGAGAUGCAGACAAGACCUGGAACUGACGUACUGAAUAGAAAAUAAAGACUAAAUUUUAUCAUGUGA